CUUGGAGCCACACACUGGAUUUUGGGGGUAAGACACUGAACAUUGAGAAGAUAGUAAAAAGUAGCCGGCGGUGGAUUCUUUGUAUUUUCUGCUGUGGAGUGUCCUGAAAUGAUACACCUACGGUGAUAUGAAGUUUUUCCGCCCCCUCCCUGCUUGAAGAAAUAAUUCCAGACAAAGAAAAGGCUUGAGGGUAAAGUGCUCUCUUGGGAAACUGCUCGCUCCUGGAUCUCGGCUCUAAUCACCGGGAGGGCGCCCAGCAGAACUAAUAGCUACAAGAAAAAAUCAAUACCUGGUAAACCUGAGCUCACCACUCCCUCACCAUGAAUCAGGAAAUAGCAGAUAAGAAAAACUGGAGGGAGCUUGAACCCAACUUGCCCACCAAAAUCUUCCUGACAGUAUUUUACAGCCUGAUCCUGGUGACGGGCAUUUUGGGUAAUUCAAUCACAAUCAGAGUGACCCAGGUGCUGAAGCGUAACGGCUACCUGCAGAAGAACGUCACCGACCAUAUGGUUAGCCUGGCGUGCUCGGACCUGUUGGUGCUGCUCAUCGGCAUGCCGGUGGAGCUCUACAGCGCCAUCUGGUUCCCGUUCUCGUCCAUCUCUGGCAACGCGUCCUGUAAAAUCUACAACUUUCUGUUCGAGGCUUGCAGCUAUGCUACCAUCCUCAACGUCGCCACGCUGAGCUUUGAGCGCUACGUGGCCAUCUGCCACCCGUUCCGCUUCAAAGCCUUUGGGGAAAGACGCACCAUGGCCCUCAUCACCAUCUCCUGGGUGGUGUCCCUGCUCGUGGCCCUGCCGCUGCUGAUUGCCACGGGGACGCAGGGACACAUUCCCAUCGCAAGAAGCACACCCGUCCAGAACCUGACUUUCUGUACCAAUCUGAGGGAGCGCUGGACGAUGUACAGGGUGAGCAUCUUCAUCGCUUUCAUCGUCUACAUGGUGGUGUUGAUCUGGGUGGCCUUCAUGUGCCGGGCCAUGGUCGUCGUCCUUAAGAAGCAUUUAGGAACCACGGAUGGCGCCACCAAUGGGACCCAAAGAGACGCCAGGCACGAAAGUUCAAAGGUCAGGACAGCCAGGAAGCAGACCAUCAUUUUUCUUGGUCUCAUCGUGGUAUCCUUGAUGGUGUGCUGGCUUCCCAACCAGAUUCGUCGUCUUAUGAUGGCUGCCUUGCCCAAGUCCCAGUGGAGUGUUUCCUACUUCCGGAGCUACGUUACUCUCCACCCUGUGGCCGACUCCUUCUUCUACCUCAGCUCUGUCCUCAACCCAUUUCUCUACAACCUCUCCUCCAGACAGUUCAGGGAGGUUUUUGUCCAGGUGCUGCGGUGCCACCUCACCAUCGAACACAUCAACAAGCGAACUGUGCAUGGUGCCGCCUCUGCACGCUCCCUCCAGCCCCUGCUGUUAAAGUCAUUGCGUCGCAGCAGGGCGAACCACCCUACCCUUGCACGAGAGGAAACCCCUCAAAGUGACUCUGGAGUGGCUUCAAAUACUCAAAUGUCUCUCGGCCCGACUGAAGAGUCUGACUCAAGCCUCAAAACAAAGAGAGAUGUACCACCAGAGGCUGACGUGUAAUGUGCUGUACAAUUUAAUGCAAGACUGAAAAAAACUAACCAAGGAUGCCUGUGCUGUACCAUCAGAAACAAAUAUAGAGAUAUUCUUUAUCCACAACAAUACAAAGUUUCAAAAGUCGGAAAUUUCAGUGAGCAAUCAUGCUCAGCUGGCAAUUUAGCACAGUAGUAAGCUUGAUGGGACUCCUCAAAGAGACAUAUAACUUAAAGGUGGGGUGUGCGAUUCCAAUCCAGUACACAGCUUUUUGUGAAAUUCCUCGAAAAACAAAAGUGUUUGUACACAGCCCUGACUCUGUAAAUGGGAAGCAAACAAAGUGGCUUGGCCCGAGCCACACAACACUAUUCCAGCCGUGAUUUGUCUGUCAGGGAACGUUAAAUGACUCGCCACAGACAUUCAGAUUACUUUCUUGUUUGCCACGAUAUGCUGUUGUUGUGAUGUUAGCUAUAGCAGCAAGAGAGCUGUGAGUAUGGCUGUCUGGAGCUGCUGUGCUGGCUCUGGGGCCGUCUCGUGCUCUCUGCUGGUUAGCCUCGGAGCAGCAACUGUAACGACAGUUUGGUAACCCAUAGACUAGCUAACGAUACAUUACUUGCUGUGUCUUUGUUCACUCUCUAUCAAGGUAUUUGUCGAGCUGUUUGGAUUUCUCCAGAAUCGCUUACCCCACUUUUAAGAAAUGUCAAAAUGUCAAAUGAAUGUUUAUGUGAAAGCUCAAAUAUUAAAAUAAGCCUGACGACCCCACAGCUAGAGUUAAAGUUAAACGUACCCAGUGACGUGACCACUAGUGGUGAUAUGGAUCACUGUUUGGAUGUGUGGGUCUUCUUAAUGCGCAUGAGGACACACACAUUAUAUAUAUAUAUCUCAUAAGCACACAGGUUACACGUUAUAUUUUCCUAUUGACUGCAGAGGGCGGAAUUGCAAAUGUGUAGUGCAUACUACAAGCCCCCAGGAGCAACACUGAGCUGGAAGGCAGUUUUGGCUAAGUGGCCACAGUUAUAUAGCAGGUCACUUGCCGCGCACUGGCCCCAAAUGACUUUUCCCAUACACAUUUAUUACAAAAGAAAAGGCUGUAAAAUGAUGAUGAAAACCUCAAAAUGAAUUUGAACCUUUAAGUCGUUCAAAUUUGAAAAGUCGGGAAGCAGGAAGCAGGCAUGCCAAAGGCGCCAAAAAAGUAUUCUCUGCCUUGACUGAAUAACUAAUCAGAUGUCUCGAUGCACAUGAGGUUGAGAUCAUGGUAUUAUUGAUGUUCAGAGUUCAUGUAUUCGACACAAGACUUGACAAUACAACAAGUUCCCCAAAUCUGAUGGUUAAACGUUUGUUCAAAAACCUCUAGAACGAUAGAUAAGCGUCUUCUGAUCUGACGCCUCUAUCGACAGGAUGACAUAUUUUUUCUGUUCCUUCCUAAACAGUUACAAAUCUCUGUUUGAAAAAUAAAAAUAAAUCUUUAACCAUUGUUUGGUUACGUUUAGACACCAAAAGGUUUGGGUUAGGGAAUGAUCAUCGUUUGGGUUAAAAUGUCAACUUUGUCAUGGUCACAGUAAUAAACAGAUGGUUAGGGUAAGGAGACGAUCAUGGUCACGGAUAAAAGAAACCAACAUUGCUCAGUAGGAAAUGAGAAGCGAACGGCGAACUCCUUUGCUCCUGUUAUAAUUACUACAACUGCUAGAGGAACGUAAAUGUGUUGUUUUGGAGCACUGGCUGAAACAACUGAUGCUGUUCUCCACAGGGCUUUGAACCUUUAAAGAUCACCUCCAAACAAACCAUUUAACCACUGUGAAAGCAACUGAAUAUUACAUUUUGACAGGCAACACCAAUUUCUUGCAGGUUUAGCAGAUCACAUUACCUCAUGUCUUGAUAUAUCUGGCUCUGAAAUAACCUCUCAAGGUAUGGAUGCUGAUAUCUUCCCAUAUAACAUAUUCCCUGAUAAUAGGUAACUAGCAUAUUUUCUUUUUAAAGUGAUGGGAUAAAAAGUUGACCUACUCCAUCAUAAGCCGACAUGUAGCUACACUAGAUACCCCCCAUCACACUGCACACUUAUUGCAUUACUGCUGCUCCACCUCAGUGCAAACUGUUCAAAUGUCAGUCACUGGAGAUGCAAUGAAUGUGUGAUAAGUAGUUUGAAAAGGGUAUUUGUUCUUCAACAUGUAGCUCUGUGUACAAUAUUGGUGAGCAGCAAAGGUUGUCACAGAAUUAGUGGAGCAAAAUUCCAGGAUAACAAACUUUUUUACGGCUUCCGCAGUGUGUUCGUGGACUUUACAGAGAUCUGUCACUGAUAACAUGUUGCACCUGUUGUGGGCUAGAGGGCUGUAGGUGGUUUUAAUAUUACCACUGAUAUAUUAUAAACCUUUUUCCUCACCUCACUUUAUGUCUUUCUUCCCAGAGUCAUUAAACAGUAUCACUGUCGUAA